GGCUCGGGCGAGGAAGAGGAGGAAGAGAUUCAGGAGAUCCAGAUCACAGGGGAAGAGGGAGACGUGUCAGAAGAAGAAGCCGAGUUAGAGUGGGAGGUGUGCGGGGAGCCCGACAGCUGCGCCGCUGCCGUGGAAACGGGGGAAGCGGUCCUUAUACGGAAUACGGACCAGCUCGAGUCGGCGGCGGCGGGGGACCCGGUUUUCGCCGCUUUGGACUCGGGACCCGAGGGAGACAUGCACCGCUCCAGGCUCAGCGAGAACACGCGCCUGGCCACCCGGUACGCGGUGCGAAUCUUCCGGGAAUACCUGACGGAGAAGGCGCAAAGUACGGACUUUGAGAGCAUGGACAAGCACGCGCUCUGCAAAGUGCUGCGCUCGUUCUACUCGGAGGCGCGCUCCAAAAGCGGACAGCUGUACAGCAAGUCAUCCCUCAUCAGCAUCCGGAGCUCGCUCAACCGCUACCUGAACGAGCCCCCCUUUAGCCGCACGCUGGACCUCACCAAGGACCCCGAGCUGCGCAGCGCCAACCUCGCGCUCGCCGCGGUCAUACGCAAGCUGGAGGAGCAGGGCGCCGGCCCCGUGGUGCAGAAGCAAGCCAUCACGCGCUCCGACCUGAGAAAACUCUACACAUCGGCCGUGUUCAGCGCCAGCUCGCCGUUCGGACUGCUCAACAAAGUGUGGUUCGAGACUUGCAUGUACUUCUGCACGAGGGGGCGGGAGAACCAGCGCGAGCUCGAGGAGGACUCUUUCGGGCUAGCCGUGGACGAGGACGGACGCAAGUUUGUGUAUUUCAAAGCGCUCGGGCCGUACCACAAGUCACGUUCCGCCUCCUGGACGAAAAAAAGAUCGGACACGGACGAUGACAACCUUCCCCGCAUGUACGAGACCGCCACGGAGUUUUGUCCCUACGCGAGCUUCGUAAAGUAUCUCUCGAAGC